AUGGGCCUAAACUGCGUGCGACCUGUUGAUCCUUUAUGUGCUAUGAUACCAAGAAACAUUAGUCUCGAUGCUACACCAAUUAAAGAAUCAGGAUUGCCAAUUAUCUUUCUGAUUGGAGGUCCGGGAGCAGGAAAGUCGACACAAUGUACACGGAUAGCACAACAUUACGGUUUUUGCGCCAUUAUAAGUAGACAAUUGUUGCGCACUGAAGUAGCUACCGGUUCACAAAGAGGCGUUAUCUUGGCAUAUUUGAUGUCGGAAGGUAAAUUAAUUCCCUCGGAUGUCAUGGUAGAAUUAAUCAAGGCGAAGAUGCUCAGCAGCUUACAUGAUACACGAGGUUUCCUACUGAGCGGGUUUCCUAGGGAGAAGACACAGUGUCAGCAUUUCGAUAAACAAAUUCGAACACCAGAUCUUGUCCUGUAUUUAUACGUCAGAGACUCACUACUACUAGACAGAAUCCUAGCCAAGACAAUCACCGCCACUGAGAGGCCACAACGCAGUAUCGAAGAAAAUUGGCAACGAAUUAAGGAACAGAGACGACUGAUGAAGCCUAUCUUUAGAUAUUACAAAAAACAACUAGUGAUUAUCGAUGGCGAAAAUGAUGAGACAGAAGUUUUUGAAGACAUUUGCAAAGCGAUUGAUAAAGUCAUGAAUUUUCCAAAUAGGUCUAAUAAAAGCGGUUAA